AUGGCUUCGGAGCCUGUUAUUGGAGAAGGAAUCGAUGGUGCAAGAGAGAAGCAGAGCAUUAAAGUUUAUACGAGGAAAGGUAAAGGUCAGAGAAAACAGAUACCACUCUUUGCCCUUGAGGUUAGUGGUGCCACUGAUAAUCUCGAGAAACUAGAGAAGAAAUUAGAAAACGAGGAAGAAAACAAUUUUGUGAAUCCUCCUGAAACCUUAGCUCUAGAGUCUGUGGAUGCUACUGACGUGGUGAAGAAUUCUGUCGAAGAAGCUGCUCCUGAGACCAAUUCCCAGGAAGAUGUUGGGGUCGGUAAUGCGAAUAACUCAACCGAAACACUUUCGGAAAAAGUGAUUGACAAGCCUCUUGUGGAAGCAGUUUCUCUAGGUGAACCUCCGAAUGAUGUCAGUUUGGCUGCUACUGAUAAAAACAUUAUUCAGCCUCUACCAGCUCCUUUGGGUGAGGAGGAUGUGAACAUUGUUGUUGGCGAGAAGUCGGUUGAAGUACCUUCUCAAGGCCACAAGAUUCAAGAUGAUGUCAAUACAGUGGUUGUUGAUGAGAACUCUAUUAAGGAACCUCCUAAAACCUCUGACCAAGAAGAUGUCUCUCCCAUGAUUGUUGACAAGAACCCUAUUGAAGUACCUUCUCAAACGCUAUCUGCUGAGGAUGUCAAUACUGUUGUUGUUGACAAGAAUCCCAUUGAAGUGUCCUCCGAGGAUGAUGUCCACGUGGUAGAUGCAGAUAACUUAGUAAAAAAAGCGCAACCUGAAAACCUUGUUGAGAAAGAUGCCACUGAUGCUCAACAGCCAACAGGGCUUCCUUCUGAUUCUGCUCAGAACAUCCAUGCUACUGCUGCUGAAAGCGUUCCAAUGGAAGAGGACGUAGAUGGACGUAUUAAAAUACAUGUAGCCUCCUCAUCGAAGCAACAGAAAGAGGAGAUCAGGAAGAAGCUUGAAGAUCAGCUUAACUUGGUCAGAGGUCUGGUUAAGAGGAUAGAGGAUAAAGAGGGCGAGAUUGGUGCAUAUAAUGAUUCUCGUGUUCCGGUUAACACUGGUAUUAACAAUGGUGGAGGAAGGAUUCUCUCAGGGUUUGCCUCAGCUGGACUUCCCCGUGAGGCCAUCAGAGCACCAAGGCCAUUGAAUCAACUAAGUAUCUCAGUUUUGGAGAAUACUCUUGGAGCCAAUGAGCCUGUGGAGAAAGAGAAAAGAACACCCAAGGCGAAUCAGUUUUAUAGAACUUCAGAGUUUUUACUUGGUGACAAGUUGCCACCCGCAGAGAGUAACAAGAAAUCAAAAUCCAGUGCAAAGAAGCACGGAGGGGAGCAUGGUUUUGGUGCAGGCUCUAAAGUUUUCAAGAAUUGUAGCGCUCUACUUGAAAGGCUGAUGAAGCACAAGCAUGGUUGGGUGUUCAAUGCUCCUGUUGAUGUGAAAGGUCUAGGUUUGCAUGAUUACUUCACCAUUAUCGAGCACCCUAUGGAUUUGGGAACUGUCAAGUCUGGGUUAACAAAGAAUUUGUACAAGUCACCAAGAGAAUUUGCAGAGGAUGUUAGACUUACUUUUCACAAUGCCAUGACUUACAACCCACAAGGACAAGAUGUCCAUCUAAUGGCGGAACAGUUAUUACAGAUCUUUGAGGAGAGAUGGGCUGUCAUAGAGGCAGAUUAUAAUCGUGAAAUGAGAUUUGUCACUGGUUAUGAGAUGAAUCUUCCAACUCCUACGAUGAGGUCCAGACUGGGUCCCUUAAUGCCGCCACCACCUAUUAAUGUGAGGAAUACGAUAGAUAGAGCAGACUGGAGUAAUCGCCAUGGUGACCUGCAGCAUCCAAAACCGACCACAACACCCGGCAGAACACCGACCAGUACAACACCUUCUGGAAGGACACCUGCUCUGAAAAAGCCAAAAGCAAACGAACCAAAUAAAAGAGAUAUGACGUAUGAGGAGAAGCAGAAGCUUAGUGCCCAUUUGCAGAAUUUACCUCCAGAUAAACUGGAUGCGAUUGUACAAAUUGUUAACAAGAGGAAUACUGCUGUGAAGCUACGGGAUGAAGAAAUUGAAGUUGAUAUUGAUAGUGUUGAUCCUGAGACCCUGUGGGAGUUGGACAGAUUUGUAACCAACUACAAGAAGGGCCUGAGCAAGAAAAAGAGGAAGGCUGAGCUAGCUAUUCAAGCUAGAGCAGAAGCCGAGAGGAAUAGUCAACAACAGAUGGCUCCAGCACCAGUGGCACAUGAGUUUUCUAGGGAAGGUGGCAACACAGCUAAAAAGACACUUCCUACACCUUUAGCUUCUCAAGUGGAGAAGCAAAAUAAUGAGACAAGCAGAUCAAGUAGUUCAAGCAGCUCUUCCAGUGGUUCUAGCUCUUCUAGUGAUUCAGACAGCGAUAGCUCUUCGUCAUCUGGAUCAGAUCAGACCUAG